AUGUCCAAAAGGAAGCAGAAGACCUCCAACCCGGAGGUUGAAGUAUGCAUGCUGUGUCGCCGAGCAGAUGUUCACCCGGACGUCUGUGGGCCCAUGCUUGGCGAGAGCGGGCUUUGCGUCCACAAGUUUUGCUUGUUUUUUGCCGACGGCCUUUACGAACACACUGCCGGACAGAGGGCGGUUCUGAAGAUCCCCCUUGAUGCCAUCAGAUGCGCAAUCGAGGAGGCAGAGCAGAAGCACUGCUUCGUUUGUGGAGACAAGGGGGCCUCCAUCUACUGCGCAGAGACAGGCUGUGAACACAGCUUUCAUCUGCCCUGUGCCACGGAUGGGGAAUGUGUCACACAGUUCUUUGGGCAGCACAGGUCCUUCUGCUGUGAGCACCGCCCUCAGCAGGCCGAGGAGGCAGCUCCAGAGCAAGACACAAACUGCGUCAUCUGCCUGGAGCCCGUGGGGGACAAAAAGUCCUACCACACCAUGGUGUGCCCGGUGUGCACACAGGCCUGGUUUCACCGGAGCUGCAUCCAGGCACAGGCCAUGAGCGCUGGCAUUCUGCGCUUCCGAUGUCCCGUCUGCAAAGACAGGAUGCGAUUCCGGAAAGAAAUGCAUCUCCUCGGGAUCCAAAUCCCAGCCAGAAGACCAACAUGGGAGGACAAGGAGAGCUAUGAAACUCUGCACAAGAUACACCAGCGCUGUGAUGCCGGCGAGUGCCUUUACACAGAAGGCAGGGAGCAAGAAGAGGGAGACGGGCCCUGGGAGCUGCUCCUGUGCACCUCGUGUGCUGCGCAAGGCACCCACCGGCUCUGCUCUAAUUUGAGCAACAGCCUGAGCAGCUGGGAGUGUGACAGCUGUGCUGGCGUGGGCACAGCCUCCAGUGCCGAGUCGCAGCUUGCUGGUCCCAGCACUGCCAGCCAGGAGGCGCCGGGGCCAUCUCAUAGCUCCCCAGCACCCAGAAGGCAAUCCAGGCAGCAGGGCACAGGCCGGACAAGAAGCCGCUCUCCACUCAAGGGUCGGGCAUCAAAUCCCUCGAGCCAGCCCCAAGGACGCCGUGGCAGCAGAAUUAGCCCGGCCCAAGGUGCUGGGAGCAGCACCCAGAGCUCUGCCGGACCGGUGGCGUCGAGGUCCCGCAGGGAUUCCCAGCUGCCUGAACGCAGAAGACGUUCCAGUGUUCUGCAGCGAGGGCAGAACCAAGAUCGAAGCCGUUCCCCACGGGAUCGUCGGCCUUCCAAUUCCCAAAGACAGUCGGGAGGAAGCCUCAGCCCCCGUUCCAGGCAGAGGCGGCCAUCUCAGGCACGACGCCACUCCCGGGACCAGCCCUGA